AUGAAUUCUAUUUGGCAGGAUAUCAAACUCUUCUUCGGAGAUGGUUUCGUCGCUCGGUCUAGUCCAAUCCAGUUCAACACACACUGCUGUAACUUGAAGCAACCCUCUACCCAAAACGACAAUGUAUAUUACGGAGUGGAAAUAAACGAGGACGCCAUGCCAUUAUUUUCCGCCCUGGGCGACACAUGUGCUCCAUCUUGCUCAUGCUUAGAGAUCAAGGAAUUCAUCAAGCACAUUGAGGAUUUCAUUCAAACAGCGUCAAGUACGCAUGUCAACGACUAUUCGCUUCAUACUGGGAAAAACGACACAUCCGUUGAUGAUACGUACGUACUGGCCGGCCUACGAUCGGAAAAUGUCCAUCCAGAUGACAUCCUAUUUAUGGAAAAGCGCCUGUGGCGUCAAUAUACCCUGCAAUAUCUAGAAAAAAUCGAUCCUGGACUACGCACUAGAUUGCUCUCGAAGACCAUCUUGAUGACUCAGUUCAGAACCAUCACCGCAAAUACUCAUGGCGCCGCUGUUGCUCUUUUGGCUGCUCGGCAGACUAAGUCUCUAGGAGUAGCAGAUACCGCUGUGGAAAUGGCUGCUAUAUGUGACGCCAUAUCCAUGGAUAUGGCAAAAGAAGCUUUGGGCAUCUUACAAGGAGAACCUACCGAAACAACAGCCAGAGAUCGGAAACAGCUCGGACGCGAAUUACGAUGGCUAUACGUCAGAUGCCUAGAAUCUCUCGAUUCUCAUUCCAGUGCGUCCCUACUAAGGCGAUUCGCAACUUCCGGUCUGCACUUCGUUCCUCUCAUGGACAGGUAUCGCGAAUGUUUGGAACACGUUCGCUUUCCAAUAGCCACUCCUUUAUGUCGCAGACUGGACACUUAUAUCGUUGCAUGA